AUGCUUAGAAUUGACACUCAUACCGUGGAAACACUGCAACUCCUAGCACCUGGUGUCUCCUCCAAGGAUAGAACCACAGUGAAAGGCUUUGUACACAGUGGCGAAGUCUUUCCAAACUUCACGGAAUCAGAACGGUCAUCGAUUUGGAAGCGAUUGAAGAAAACAGAGGGCAUCAUUCCAUCUCUGUAUACGUUCUUUAAAGAUCUUUGGUACCUAGAAUCAUGCGUGAACUGCAUCAAACAACUCAUCACACCUUCCAGAUCUUUCCCAACGAUCGGAAGCGCCGUGCGCGCGGCCUUUUUGCCUUUCAAUCUCGCCCAUGCAGAGUUCUUGAUACAAACUUCUGAAACUGGGUUUCGGUCUUAUUCGCCCUCGCAGGGAGACCCUGCGGAACUUGGUUACCGACAGCUCUGGCUUUAUGCUAUGCGUCACUACCCGAAGUUAUCCAAAAGGCCGCAGAAGAAAGACCCUACGGCGAAGCCUACACGCGAGGUGGUGGAGCCUAUGAUACUUUAUGACAUGGCUGUACUCGCAAAGAGACUUGGGUUUCAGUCGCCACAAAUUGAGCAACUCGUCCAGCAGUCGCCAGAUCGGAAAAUUGCACGAGAUGCUCUUUUGAGAGCGCGUCGGCCAGAUCUUUAUCGGUACAACGAGGAAGAAGUUGAGUCUCUGAUCAACAAAGUCACUGAAUGCUUCUCAAGGGCCACCCCGCUUGACCAUCAACUUCCAGUGCAAAGCGUUGGUGGAAGGGAAACGAAAAAGAGUCUCGAUGUGGACGUCCGCAGACCCAAGCACAAUUGCAAGAUUGUCGGUUUCUUUUCCUUGACCAAAUCCACGGUGACUCCAUCAAAGAGGAGCGGAAGGCUACUUCUAUUCUGGUGA